GUCUCAUUGCAACGAAAACACCUCGCGUGCGUAAUUUGAGAGUAAUAAAGAAAGAGACCUUGAAGUUGAUGGAAGUUUACAUAACUAAGUCUGAAGAAACAAGUCAAAUCAUAACUCAUUUAAUGCCACCAUUGUUAUCAGCAGUUCUUAUCGAUUACAAUAAUAAUGUUGAACAGGCAAGGGAUGCUGAGGUCUUAAGUUCGAUGGCGAAUAUUAUAGCAAAAUUGGGACCCGGAAUCACGAAUGAAGUCCCGGCAAUUCUUAAUGCUGUAUUCGAAUGUACGUUGAAUAUGAUAAACAAAGACUUCUCAGAAUAUCCUGAACAUCGUGUAGGGUUCUUCAAAUUGCUUCGAGCCAUUAACCAACACUGUUUUCCAGCACUUUUAACUUUACCGCCAGCUCAAUUUAAACUUAUUAUGGAUAGCAUUGUUUGGGCAUUUAAACACACAAUGCGGGAUAUUGCUGACACGGGUCUUAAUAUAUGUUUAGAGUUGAUAAAUAAUAUUUGUAUGCAAGAUCCCGCUACUGCCAACAUGUUUUAUCAACAAUAUUUCCUUACUCUAGUAGCAGAUGUGUUGUUCGUCUUGGCGGAUACAGAUCAUAAGAGUGGAUUUAAAAUGCAGUGUAGUGUUCUUCAGCGAAUGUUCAACCUUGUUGAAACUGGUGCGGUACAAUCUCCAUUGUUUAAUCCUACUGAAGUUUCAGACCCCAACAUGACAAAUCAACGGUUUUUGAGAGAAUAUGUGAUGAAUAUAUUGCAUAAUGCAUUUCCUCAUUUGCAAAGUGUUCAGGUUCAUUCCUUUGUAAUAGGGCUUUUUGAACUCAAUCAAGACACCACUAAAUUCAAACUACACUUGCGUGAUUUCCUAAUCCAGCUUAAAGAAUUUGCUGGUGACAACGCUGAUUUAUAUCUCGAAGAACGUGAGGCGGAAGCAGAACAACGAAAGAAAACUGAGAUGGAGAAUGCUUUGAAGAUUCCGGGUCUUGUUAAACCUUCAGACCUACCGAUGGAAGAUGAAUAA